AUGCCCACGAAACUCGAGCCCAUCCGGCGCGUCAAGUGCACGUACAAGGACUGCGACAUGUCUUUCGAAACCGAGAAGGCUAUGAGGAGCCACAAGAAGCACUCCGAUGAGCACGAAUACUGCCACAAGUGCAACGAAGACUUCGACUCCUACGAUGACUACAUACAGCAUAAGAUCACUCGCCCCGAGGAGCACGACAAGGCGUGUCGAGUCUGCGGUGAUGAGUUCAAGUCGGAUUCAGGCCUGCGGCGCCACAUCGAGCUCAACCACAAGAUUGACCAAAAGCUCACCUGCAUUGGAUGCCAUAAGUCUUUCUACCGCGCCUGUCUCUUCAUGGAGCAUCUCGAAUUUGGACACUGCGACGUCAUCUCCGCCUCGCAAUUCCAAGGCCAUAUUGUCCACAAGCAUCUUAUCACAGAGUUGCUGAAGGCCGGACCAGCAUACGAACGCUUCAUGCAAAAGACGUCCAAGUUUGAUGCAACCCUGGACUAUGAACAAGAGGGUGGCGUUGAGCUUGAGGAUGAUGCUCUUGAUGCGGAUGAGGAUAUAGAGGAUGUGAAGUUUGAGGCUCUCAAACCUGACACUCCCCCGGACACUCCUCUGAACCCCGCGUUUGUAGGUCCCUACCCACCUCUUCCCUCUUCCCGAAAUGUGGGCGAUGCAUGCUCUAGGGUUGCAUCUACGCUCGGUGCAAUGUCGUUGAGCGAUGGGUCCGAGUCUAGCACUGUGGUCGGUUCUCACUUCCAAGCAACUUCUCUAGCUGGCUCUAUGACCGGCCACUCCACUCACGAAGGCUUAUCCCCCCAAAUCUUUACGGGCCAGAGAAAUCGUCAGCCCAAGGUCUGGGGUAAUCGCAACGGAAAAUCCGCCACCACUGUGCUCUUCCCCAACGCAAAACCCACUCCUGCUCCAAGCGAGUUCUCCAUUGCCGCCCACGACGAGGCAAUGGAGCAAUCCUACGGAUUCAAUAUUAUGAGUACGCGAUUCUGGGAUCCUAUGAGCAGCGACUGGAAUCCAGAGCGCUUCUACAACUCAGUCAUCAACAUGUACAAUUGUCCCUUCAUCUGCGAGCAAACCUUUGGCACCGCCGCCGAUCUCAACACGCACAUCCUAGGCGACCACCGCAUCACGCGCAUGAAAUGCCCCACAUGCCUCAAGUACUUCAAGUCGGCCACAGCACUCAUGGGCCACUGCGAGUCCCGUGGCGCAAAGUGCCAGAUCAACAAGGCGGAAGACUACAACAUAUUUCUCGACCGCCUUUCAGGUGGUUUCCUAGGGGUCGAGGAGAUGGUUCGUCCGGAUCACCUCAACAACCCGACGGUCAUGAUUCUCAACCACGAGAAGGACCGUCUGGAGCGUUAUAAGCCGCCGGUUGCGUCGUAUCUGCAGUACAUGGUUACGAAGCCGCCGGAUUGGAAGGAGCCUGUGCAGACCGCGGUGGUUAUUGGUGGUCCGGCUAAGGACAAGUAUGCGUCGCAGUGGUAG